GGCAGGCGGUCACAAUCGCCGGGUCGCGUCAGCACCGGCGGGGAGCCGCCCCGCGGUCCCCGCGCCCACGCCCUGGGUGCCCCGCGGCUGGAGCGCAGUGGGCGGUGGCUGGUGGCCCCUUCGACGGCGGGGCCAUGGGCACGCGCAGGUCGCACGUGCUGGUGGACACGACGCCGGCCAAGACAAUUCUGGUGUACCGCAACGGGGACGCGUUCUCCGUGGGCCGGAGGUUGGUGGUGCCGCGGCGCCGCGUGCCCACCUUCGAGGCGCUGCUGGAGCAGCUGACCGAGCAGGUGGACGUGCCGUUCGGCGUGCGGCGCCUCUUCACGCCCACACGCGGGCACCCGGUGCGCGAGCUGCAGGCGGGCGGCAAGUACGCGGCGGCCGGCUGCGAGCCCUUCAAGAAGCUCGAUUAUAUUCAUAUAGUUCCCAGGAAACCUGGAAAGAUGAGCAAGUUGAAGGAAAUCAAACCGGUGGUACAUUGUGACCUGCACGUGCCUUCCAGGUGGCAAACUUUCCAGCCAACGUCCCGGCACGUCAAUGUUUUCACAAAUGGAAGACUAUUUAUCCCACCCGUAAAAAUUAUCAUACCCAAAUUCAGUCUGACGGAAUGGAAUAGCAUGCUGGCCAUGAUUGGGGAAAAAGUCUUCCCUCUAGGAGGCGUUCAAAAAUUAUUUACCAUGAAUGGACAUCUUCUGGACAACUCAAAGGAUCUGCAAGAUAACGACUUUUACGUGGCGGCAGGACCGGAGACCUUCAAAUAUUUCCCUUACUGGAAAUCCUCUAAGGUGCCCAGCGAGGUUCAACAAAAGUACGCAGACAUCGAGAAAUACUCAAGAGAAAAGAAAAAAGAGGAUUCCAAAGGAAAAGAAACGCAUAAGUAUGACAGCAUUCCCCGUAAGGAACGGGAUUCGGUUUUUCACGCCAGAGUGGGGAAGAACAAGACGCUGGUGGAACCCUCAUUCCAAAGCGGUUCAGAAGGUGACGUGUUUAGAGCCCAGACUCCAACCACGGAUACCCAGGAGGUGCCGGAAGUCGAAGACAGCAGUUUGCAGGUGGAGGUGCUGGUGGACCAGACGCCGGCUGAGAUAGUCACGGAAGACGAUGAGAUACACGAUAACCCCUCUGAUUUCGAAAGCAUCAAGGAAAAAGAAGAUGAAGGGUCUUAUGAAGAUAAUGGAAGAAAGGAAGACAAUUCACGAAUGUCUUUUAAGAAAAGGUUUUCCUUAAGACACAGCACAAAGGAAAAAGAAAAAGAACCAUAUGACCUUCUAGAGGGAAAAAACACACCUGUACUAUGAGAAGCCCCACAUCUUCGGCCCAACGGCGCACAUGGAGACGUGCAGAAUCACACUGGCGACAUCGCCUCGCAGGGCGAGGCCUGGGCCAGGCUUCGGGGACCAGACCGGAGCCGGAAAGCAUCCCUGUCUUUAGAGACGGCGUAUUCUGCAGGCUGGGAUACCGACAGCCUAGAUGAUGAGCACAAAGACUGA